GGAUGUAGGUCGGUGAAGGAUUUAUGUCCUGAUUAUGUCUCCUCUUCUCAGUGGCAGCUCCAGAAAUUUUUCUCUGCAGGUGCUAUGAAGGAGCCAGUCUUUUUAUUGAGGGUGCUAUGAAGGAAGUGGUCAUGCGUACCUGUUGUUCUCUAGAACACCUUCAACACUAGCAGAUACACAUGCGUGCACAAAACCUCAACAACACCUGAAACAGUCAUUAAUAUACAUCAUAAACAAAUGAACAAUCACUGACUUUUCCAUGAAAUCAUAAACACAUACAGCCACACAGACAACCAUCUAUAGUGUUGCAAGGUUAGCUAACGUUAGUGUUAGCAUUUCCAGCGGCAAAACCCUCGACUGCUGUGGCGGUUGAGGGUUGACUUCAUCCAGAUCCGUAGGUUUUUGUGGGUCUGAGAUCACUUCCAAAGAUUCAUUCGUUUCUGACUGAACCCGUGGAAAUUUGGGCAACAAAAACCGAUCCAUUUUACUACUAGCUCUACCUUUCACUCGUUCACAGGUGGAAAAUGAGGUCAAAGGUUAACAUCAAUUUCCUGUUUUGGUUUAAGUUUUUACUAUUGUAAUGAUUUAAAUGACAUGUUAUUUAAUAAGCCAUAAGGCGGUAAUCCUAACAAAUCUGUUAGUUCAAAACUAACAGAUUUGUCUGUGCAAACGAGAACGCUGAAGACCUGCAAAUAUUGUUCGCUCGUGCAAGCCGGGUUGGCCUCAGACUGAACAGGCUGGUACAGCAGGUGAAGUGGCGGGGUCAUUUGUCUACCCGUCAUCAUUUCAAAUGGGGAGACACCAGUAGACUCGUGAGGGGUGGCGCGUAUGGCCAUGAGGACCCACGGAAGCUUCACAUCCCAGUCCCGGUGAUUAGAGGACACGUACUUCCUCAACAUGCCGACCACCGUCCGGUUCAUCCUCUCGACCUGGCCAGAAGACUGGGGGACGAUCGCUAAUGUGGAAAUUGGCCUUCACACCCAACAGUUUCCAAAGAUGUUCCAUCACUUCAGAGGUGAAGUGAGUACCCCUGUCCGAGUCAACCCGAGUGGGCAGACCGAACCGGGCGAAGACGUGAUACAUCAAGAGAAUAGCUGUUGUUUUCGCCGUGUCAUUAGGUGCUGGUAGAUAUUCAACCCACUUGGUGAAUGCACAGGUCACGGUCAAGAUGUAUUUAUUACCCAUGCUGGACCUGGUCAGAGGAGGGGGAAAACAGUAAUUUCAUUCCGCUACACUAUCUAUAUGAUAAUUUACUGAUAAUUUUUGUUUUGUAUGUUAAAUAUUAUCACAUCCACACGUUAAAUUAAAAUUAAAUUGUAAAAAAAAAUCUAAUAUUUACUUGGGGGUGCUAUGGGGGUGCAAUGACUAAUCCAGGGGUAGCUAUAGCGCCCCCUAGCACCCCCUGACGCCGCCACUGCCUCUUCUUCUGAGGAGGACCACAAACUACUGGGUAACAGUGGGCGUUUGAUAUCAGCGUUCUCUUUUAUUCUGGGCUUUUUGGGCAGAAAUGAAAGAAAAUGAAGUCCCGACUUCUAGAUUUAGAUUGCUUUGUGACAUUAUACCAGAACAGCUGGUGCCAUUUUUUCUGUUUUUAAAGAAAAUCCUUCCAGCAUAUGAGGAACAAAACCUUUCGUCUGAUUCAGAUUGCACUUUGGUUGAGUUAAAUAUCAAACAAGGUUCUGCUUCUUCAGAGCGACACCAAAGCCAUAAAAAAAAUCCCUUUUUUGUCCGUAAGUUUGGAAGAAACCAAAGAUAAACUAGAAUUGCAAGCAGUUAUCAACGGGUUCCAAGCCAUCCAGCGCCACUCGCCCACCCGGCCCCGCCCUCACCUUCGCCAUUCCUCACGCGGUCCAGCCCCAAAAACACGUUCUCCCGCCGGCGUCCCGUCGGCUCACUUCAACCGGCGCAAUGAAAGUAACACUCAGGAUACGUCAUGAAACCUUUUGCUUAGCCUAUACACAUAUCUUUCAUAGGCAUGGCUGACUUCUCAAUCGUGAUUACAGUCAAAUUCCACUGUUUCCUUAUCAAAGAACGUGAAGAUUUAAUGAGCGAAAUCAUGUUCUGCAUUGGACAGAAUUAGCUCAGGAAGUGGAGCGGCAUGUGCCGUAAUCAAAAGGUUGAAGGAUCGAUCCCAACUCUGACUAGAAAAUGCUGCCUCGCCUCUCAGUGCACCUCAGGGAAGGUGUGGCUUCAUUGUAGCUCGUUCCCACCAGCGUGUGGCUAGGUGGUUGCAUGGAUGAAAGACUCCAAAACAAAAACUUCAUUAUAAAAUCCAUAUUUGAUCUAUACCAAAAAAUAAUCUAUACAUAAAGAGUAUAUUAGGAAUAAUAUAAAUACUUGAUAAUGUCCAUAGAUUGAAUAGAUUUUCAACAAAAACUAUGAGUUUCAUUUUGUGACUUACUGAUCAAAUGAUUUAAACAAAAUCCUGAAAAAUCCAUAAAUCAUCCUAAAAUUACCAAAAUAUUCUCACAUGGCAAUGUUAACAUGCGGAAUAAUAUGAUGUUGUUUUUAAAUCAGUAGACUCAAAGCUUUUUUGAAGAAAAAUUGGUAAAUAAAUCUAUAAGGGGCAUAGCCAAAAUUAAAAUAUUCAUAAAAAAAUAGUGCUACUUUUUAAAAUUAGUAGAAAAAUCUCAGAUCACCAUAGGUAAAUGUGGAUUGUUAUAAAUGGUUUAUAUUUACUGUAUACCUAAAAAAAACUUUCUAACAAAAUGUAUUUACAUUUUUGUCCAACUGUACAGAAAAACUGGCAAAAAGUUAAAAAUCCAUUAAAAAUCUAUGCUUUUGUACAAAAAUCUCAAAAUAUUCACAGAUUGCCUCUGUGAUGUGAGAAUUCUUCUAAUAUUUUUGUAGGGAUCAUAAAUUUAAACUUUUCUUACAAUAAAAUAAUAUGUGCAUUAGUGGCAGUCACCAAAAAUAAGUCCUAUAAUUAAACACAAGGGGGUGCGCAAAUCAAGACGACAUUUUACGUGUUUCGUAAACCACCAAAGAGUGAACUUUGUGCCAAAUUUCAAGAAGAUUGUCAUAACAGAAUUUGCGCUACAACUGCUAGCCUAAAAAUGUAUUUUCGUAAAUAUAAAGCGCAAACCUCUUCGUGGAGCUGCGAUUUUCAUGACUUAAGCUCAAGGCUACCCAGUUAGCACAACCUGAAAAUCUUAGCCUCUUACUUGCAAAUAAUGAUUUUUUGGAAAUUUUUCAAAUUUGAAAUUUGAAAUGAUCAUAAACCACACCCACUUUAAUCAAUCAUUACCAUAUUGAUUGUGUAGUCUUAAGACGCUAUAAUGAUGACAACCACUAAGUUUCGUGCAGAUCCAUUUAGCCGGUUCAGCAGUAUAAUUUCUUCCUGUUAUAGCGCCCCCCCUAUUGUUGAAUCAAGUUGAAAAUCAAGACAUACACUUGAAUUGACCUUAGGUAUGAUGGUUAUGAACAGCUGUGAAAAAUGUCAAAAUCUUUUGAAGUUAUGCUAAAAAAACUUUUUCAUUCCAAAAAAAUAUUUUUAAAAGUCAUAUUUCGAAAAAUAAGCGAAUUAUCCAAAAUCUGUUCACAUCGUUUAGUCAGCCACUCCUCCUCUCUUGUCAGGCCAAGUUUUGAUUUGAUUGUGUUUGACGGCCGGGAGGAGUUGUUUGACUUACUAUGCAAAUUUCUACUAAUUUGCAUAAGUUUAAAACAUUUUUUAAAAUACUCAUCUAAAUUUUACUGACUCAAUGAACAUACAGGAUGAGAUCAUUUGUUUUUGUUUUUUUUUACGAAAGAAAUGGAGAGAAACAUGCCAUAAACAUUUUUGGGGUACAACAGCGCCACCUAUUGGACAAAAUUCAAAUUUUUUCUGUGAUUGUAGAUUUCAUUAUGACUGAUAUGAAAUGUAACUUUCUGUAUAGAAUAUGUAUUUUUCAUGAGUAAAAGGGCGAAAAAUUGUAAACCCUAUAAGCCACGCCCACUUUUUAAUCAUUUUCAAAAUAUAGCUUAAGGGUCCAAUGAUUAACAUAUCUGCCAAGUUCUGUGGUAAUCCAUUGAGCCGUUUUGCUGAAACAAACUUUUUGACUCUUUAGCCCCCCCUAUUGGUGAAUCAAAACAAAACUUGGUAGAUAGGGCUUACCACUCAUACUUUGUAAGGUUCUAGAGUCUCAUCCUUUUAUCUUGAAAAAUGGUGGAGAUAUCAUCAAUUAGGACAUGUGCUAGCUCGCGCACUGAAUUUGACAUGGUGUCAUUAGCCCAAAUUUCAAUAAUUCCACAUUUUUCUUCAUCACAACGACUUACUUAGUCCGUAGAUGAUAUGUACAAAGUUUGAAGUUGAUUCGACAAAAAAUGACGGAUUGGUGUUUAAAACUAAAUUUUGUGUUUUUUGCGAUCUAGCAAAAAAUCUAGUUAGGCGGACAUGGGCGUGACAAUACAAAAACAUGCAGAAUCAUCCAAGGAUCAUGUACAUAUAAAGUUUUUGACUGUAGGACCUACUGAUUGGGAGAAGGUAGCUGAAACGUAUUCACCUCCACAAUAGCGCCACCUAGGUGACUCUGAGUCCAAAUUUUCGAAUCUGAUAGCGGUCAGGAUUUUCUAUCAGACUGCCAUGUCAGAUUGUUCCUGGCACUUUCAGGCUCCUGCGCCCAUACAGUAUUAGCGGGGAACAUUAAUACUGAAAAAUCCGUAGCAAACAAUAGGGUUCCCUGCUCGUUGGGCUUGGAACCCUAAUAAGAGGCACAUUUUGAUUCCUUCUUGUCUGACCAAACUAUAAAGAGCAAAUUUAGUUUUGAGAUCAGAUUCGUCCUCGGGACGCACUCGUGGAUGACAGGGAUAAAUCAAAACAAGAUGCUGUUAUGCAACAGACCACACAAAUGUCAUGUAACCAGAACCAAGAACUGGGAGGACAAAAGGGAACAUGUUCACCUCUCAUCUGUCCGUGGUUCUGAUGUGAGUCAACAGUUUUAUUCUUUAUGGUUUAUGCGUGAGUGUGAAACAACUGCAGGAUGCACCUGUUAUGCCAAACAUUCCUUAUUUUUCAUUAUAAGGCCCCGCUCAUUAUAAUUUAUAUUGCAGAAUAUUCUUGUUGUUUUAGGUGGUUUGUUGUAAACAGACUGAGGGAAAGUCAUUCCUGUGCUUCCUAAUUUUUAUCCAUGCAUUAAGGGUUUUUAACCUAACCCAUUUAAGAAGUAAGAUUUGAUGAGAGGAAUUGUAUUAAAACAAUAAUUAGUAGGUGGUGUUUUUUUUUUAAAUGAUUAAUGUUUUUAUCUGAUUUAGCUCGGCCUGGUGUUCUCUCCGUUCCCACUAGAGGGCGCCCUAAUCUCUAGCAGAGGGAAAGUGUGGCUCUGGUGAUUCUGAAACAGAGCACCCUAUUGUUUCAGCUGUAGGAUGUGCUAAUCAAACAUAGCUGAUUCUGUCACUGUUCAGCGAUCUUUUCCUCGGAAGGGUUUCGUGUGAUUUUUGUCUCCAGACUUAUGUUCCGAAGUGAGAGCAGCAGGCUCACACCAGACUCAGGUAGGCCAGGGGAAGGUAGCAGAUUUAUGGAACGGCCGGCUCCUCGCCUCGCUCUGGUAGAACUAUGUGCCACUACCCUCUUCUUUCGCUGGCUUCACUAUCAGCCGCAAGCAAUAAAUCACGUCCAAAUCCUGAAUCCUGCUUUUAUCUGCUGACAUUCCUUCGGUGGUGUUGAUGUUCAGGUGCACGGCGUGCGCCAAGGAAUUCCCAUUAUGUGGCAUCCACUCCUCUGAACACCACCAGAGGCUAUUCUCUUCUCCAAGAUUUGCUACCGUCAAAUAUGAUCAGACACCUACAAACAUCAAGAACACGUUCAUGCAUCUCACCAACUACAGUCUGAACAAGAAGAGCAGCGACUACGUCAGCUGCGAUGACCCUGAAGUGGAGGAUUAUGGGAACAAAUGGAGUAUGAGUGCAGUGUUGAGGUAUUUGAAGCAGGAGGGAAAGGACACCACAUUGCUGAUGAAACAAGUUGAGGACCUCGUCAUCAAAGCUGUGCUCAGUGCUGAGCUACAGAUCGCUGCUGCCUGCAAGAUGUUUGUCCCGCAUAAGACCAACUGCUUUGAACUCUACGGUUUUGAUGUCCUCAUCGACUCCAACCUCAAACCCUGGCUGUUAGAGGUGAACCUCUCUCCCUCCCUGUCUUGUGAUGCACCGCUGGAUCUGAAGAUAAAGGCUAGCAUGAUUGCAGACAUGUUUUCGCUUGUGGGAUUUGUGUGUCAAGACCCGCUAUCAAGACUGCCUCGCUCAGACAGAGUCCCCUCAGAAAAGUAUUUGGCAGCUCAACGAGCGCAGAAGUGUUUUUCUGCACCAACACCCACUGUGCACAUCAGGCUGCGACAGAGGCCCGCGACGGCCGUUUGUUCAGAAACAGAUGGGUUUAAAGACAAGCAAGGACCUAAACACAGCCAAGGAGACAGCACCCUUAGCUUGACUGCUGAGGAGAUCAAAGUCCUGAGGAGGAUAAAGGAAGAGUAUGAGAGACGAGGAGGUUUCAUAAGGAUCUUCCCCACCGCCGAUACAUGGGAGCUUUAUGGUGGAUAUCUGGAGUCCAAGACAUCAAUGAACCUCAUGUUGGCCAACAGACUUUUCCAUGGAAGGAAUGUGAAUGGGAGUGUACAGCUGCAGGUGGACACAGUCCACGGCUGUCACGCCGUCCAGUACGAGAGGAAGCUGCUGUCUCUGGAGACGAGGAAAAGGAGACAGCGCCACCUGAGUCAUCACUCGGCUGCAAGAAAGAAAAAAUUGGGGAGGGAAUCCAAGGCCUCCCUGACUGAAAACAGGAGUCAGGAGGCAGAGGAGUGUGCUCAGGAGGAAAGAGAGGAGGCGCAACCAAUUCUUGAGCCAGCCUCACACAAGGCUUUGGUAACGGCGCAAAGAAAACAAGUGGACACACCACUGGAGCGCUGCCACAACAAAUCUCUGUCCAGCUUAGAGGCAGCCGUGCACAAUGCCAGACCUACGGUCAACCUGCUCAACAUCCUUCAGCAGGGGUGGGACCUCAGUAAAGUCCAAGCCCGCAUAGCUUUCUCCUCCUACCUGCACCGAGUCCAGCAUCGGCUCUUAGCAGAAAGCAGAGCUAACGCCGUCCCAGCAUGGCCAGACAAAGACAAUGACCAAAUGGAGCUGGUGGUUCGAUUCCUAAGAAGAGCAGUUUGUAACCUUCAGCAAGAUAUAAAGGUUGUCUUCCCAAAUCGCCAGUUACCGCUUCAAGACCGCAGACGCAUCCUGUCCCACCAGUUAGGAGAGUUUCUCCGCUGUUAUAACAAGGAAACAGAACAGAUGGAGAUAAAACAUGAGAAAAUUCAGGAGAAGUGUUGUGUUAACCAAAGUGUCUUCCAGGAGUACAUCACUGCAGCUAGUGAAGUUGAUCUGGAGGAGGUGCUGACGUUCUACACUCAGAAACAUAAAACAGCCAUGGUGUUCCUAGGAACUAAAGUCCCGAGUGUCAGGAAAGAUGUUCAGGAUUCAGGAAAUCAUAAAAAGUCAUCAUCUUUCCUUGUGGACUCCAGCGCUUCGGAGUCCUCGUUUUCUGCAGGGAAAAUCGGCAGCGACCCAGACCUCCGGGCCGCUGAGAUUCAUCCGUUUGUAUCCAGGUUGCCUUCAGACCAACAGACAGAGGUUGCAGCUGGUAAAUCUCAGCCAGAUGUCCAGUCGUCUCAGCACUCCUCCAGUUUUCCUCUGACUUUAAACUGCAGCCGCGUUCAUCUGCAGCACCGCUCUCUCGCUCCGACAUCCCUUCCUCUUCACUGUCCGCCUCCGCCUCCUCCUCAGCCUCCGUCUUAUGCUCAGUCUUUGGCCAAGUCUCACUUUAGUCAUCCUGAGACUCAUUCUGACCCUCCUGCCUACACUUCUGCCCCUGUUAUCACACAACCUUCAAAAGUAAUUCGGACAGCUGCAUCUACCGCCUCGAGCACUGUGACCACAGGGCAGUUUGGUCAGGUGAUCAGAAGGAAUCAGUGCUUUACUACUCCCACAUCAAGCUCUGGAGAAACUUCCUCAGGCCCAGCUGUCAUUCACACCUAUAACCAGAAGCUCUCUAGACCCACAUCUGCAGGCCAAGAAAUCAGAAGGAGCAGUUCCAGUGGGUCAAACUCGGUGGGGACUUUUAGGGAGUUACAGUCUCUGUCUGCCCAAGCCCAGUCCAACCAGCAAGCAUUCAUCUCAGCCCUGCAGAGACUGGCUAACAAGCAGGUCGCUCGCCACUGUGCCAGCAGCAGUCACAUCAACCUGCUGACACAACAUCUGAGCAGCCUGAAUCUGGCCAGCAGGAUGCUGGGAAGAGAGAGUUUCUCUCUGAACCCCAAAGCUGCCACGACCCAAAGGCCCGCGAGAGCUGCUCAGUGUGGAAAGGAACCAAUUAGCAGCAAAAGACCACUAAAGGACAAGGAGCGUCCAUUGGAUGGACGGAUGCAGACUUCGUCCAACCUGGUGAAAGGUCUUAACCCUGUGCAACACUAUCAACCAGCUCAAGGAAGCUACCAGCUUGAGUUUGCUAUCCAGCAGCUGCAACAGCAAAGACUGAAGUCUCAUCAUCAGAUUCAGGACCAGGUCAUUUCCAGGCUUCAGAUUUCGGAUCAGACAAGUGUUCCACAAGUCUCCACAAAACCACCCAGCUGCUCUCCAUCCUCCUUUCAUGCAUGGCCCAAUCCCAAUCCGAUCCAGACCGGUAUUAGUCCCGGUUUUGCUCCAAAGCCACCAAACUGCACACGAGACGGAGAAAUCAGGAAAAUGGCAACAAAGCGAAUAAUGAAGCAGAUGUCCUCAGAGAGUUCAGCCAGUGGAUCCGUGUCAAGCGGCAAGCAGGUGGUCUACGAGGCCAUGUGCGGUAAAACAGGUCUCUCUGUGUACCAGAAGCUGCUCCAGGGCCAGGAUCCCUCGCACAGAUGACACGAAGGGGGUCCAGGACACUUCCUGCCACUCUGCAGGCCUGACAGGUGUCUGUGUAUGUAGCUACAUCCCAUAAUUAUAUUCUCGGAAAGGACAACAGAUCAGAGUAUGCCAAGCAUUGAGCAGCAUCCUAUUCAUUUCUAUACGAUACUGCCUCAGACAUGUGAGAGGAUAGUGUGCCAGGCCUGGAAUGCCGGGCCCUGACGCAGGCUGGGAUAUAGUUGCGCUGCUCCAACACCCCCCCACCCCCACCACCCCUUCAUCGCCCUCGGCUACAAUCAGUCUACAUCCGAACAGCUGCCUCCUCUCAUUCCCUCCAUGCUACUGAUGCCACAGGAAGACUUCAUUGACAGAUAUCUUGCAGCAGAUGGCUCCUCAAGACCUGAGCCAUAGAGUUUAAAGGUGUGUGAACCCCCCCCAUCCAGGUAACUACAACUCCACCAACCCCUGAGUUUAAACAAAACAGGUGAGUUGGGGCUAACAAGAGACUUGGGAUGAGUUUGACACAGAUUGUUUGGAGCGUAUAAAUAGUUUUUCAGCUUACUGUGGUGGUCAGGGAGCAUAAAAGAUAUUUUCAUGUGUGGCUUCCACCAUCAGACUCAGAUUUCCGUGCUGGAAGCCACACAGAUGCCAAGUCUGCCCUUUGCCUAAGAUGAGUGAAUGUGUGUCAUUUUUGCUUGUAUACUUGAAGAUGAGCGCUCCAGUAGGAGUGCUUGUUACCUGUUAAUGAGACGUUCUGGUGCUGAAGAUUGUAAAGAUCUUGAUAUCUUUUUUCCUUGGAUAAAACUAAACGAAGGAUUGUUGCAAUUUUGUAGCUCAAAGCAGAAAAUAAAGAAGCCUUUUGGUGAUGCAUAGACAAAGUCUAAGGCUGCACCAGCAGGUCAAUCAUCUUACGGAUAAUCUGUUACUUUGGACCAUAUGGAGUUAACUCAGGGUGUGUUUGAGGCAAAACACCUGCUGAAUGUCAGCUAGUUUGUUGAUGAUGACUUUUGUCUGAAAUACUUGAAUUUUUUCAUCUUUUAUUUGCACGAUUUUCUCAAAUGGUGGUGAUCACCGGGGAGAUUUUGCACAGAGGACAGUUUUCAGCGCAGAAUACGACAAACCACAGUUGGUGUGUUUGGUAAUAAGGUGAUGAGUGUUCAUGCUGUGGGUGUAUAUCAGAGCAUGCUGGCUCAAGACUUGGUGUUGUGCUGUCAUAGGUUUUCCAUGUGAUUGUUUACAGUAUACAUGCAUGAAAAUGUGUUGUAUUUGGGACCAUUGAGCAGUUUGUAGCAACGGCACUGAGCUCAUCUAGAAAGUAAUCAAGUCGUUAUGGUUGUAUUUGUUAAUGAACAAUUAAACAUAUCUAUCCAACUGUC